AUGUGCCUGACCGCCCCCUCGUCUUUUGACUCUGUUGACUCCCCAGAUCCUGGAAAUGAGUUGGCCGCGAUCUCGAGAUCCGACCCUGGUAGCUCUGAUGCGAUGUCUUGGGGAACACUGAUCAAUCCGGACAAGAGUCCUGCCCCAUUACUGGAACAGCUAUGUCUCGGAAUUGCGACCCAGUUGAUGCCAUCGUUUGAUGCUAGUGGCACAACAGAAAUCACUCCCAAUCGUAUCGCAACCUUCUAUCGUAAGGUCGGCGGAAACUAUGAUGCAUUGUUUCUCGGUACUAAGGCACAGGCGCUGUCUUUUAUUUACCAAUCGCUUGGCUGCUUCCACAGUCUUCAACCAUCACCAAACCCAUACGAAUCGCCAUGUAUUCCAUCAUUGCUCCCGACUGGCUUUGUGCGCUGGCAAACAAUCCAGUUAUUAAUGGACCCAGAUGAGCACAGCCAAUAUCUCCAAAAUGCAGUCGAAAUGUGGGAUAUUGUGGAUGCAAAAGGCGACAUCUUUCCGAAAGACCUUCCAAGAGAUGCAUUUCCCGCUGAGCCCGAUGCAGAAAUGCUACAGUGGCAUGAAACUGUGAGCAAACGACUUGAGCAGGACUAUGAGAAGUGUCAGCGCCAGCGUCAGCGUGGAUCACCGCCCAAUUUCACGGGGUAUCAUUAUCGAUUUAGCGGGAAGGACCCGUUGCCGGAUGAAGAAGAGUUCUUUUCAUCAGCUCCACGCCGGUCGGGAUCUCGACACCAAAGCCAUUUCGAUACAGAGAAACCUAGUCACAGGCGUCAUCACAAUUGCCGACCGAGUGAAGAACGUCCCAGCUAUCACGGUCGCAGACCAGAUCCAGCAUUCUUUGCCCGACCAGAUGGAGGCCGAUCGGGAAUGUCAUCUCCGCGAGGUCCUUCACCAUCUUCACGAAUGGAUCAUAAUGGCCGAUCGAGAGGCCGAGACCGACCAUUCUGGCACGGUCGCAGAUUGAGUCGAGACAGGAAUGAGCCGCAGGAGUCUGAAUCUGAAUCUGACUCUGAUGACACUAUUCACGAGGAUGAACGCGAGCCCCCACCACCACCUAGACAACAUUCCCGCCGCCACAAUCUAUCACCUCCGACACCCUCUAGCGCUCGCCGACACUCACAUGACGCGUAUAAGCGUAAACCAGCCCGCGAUCUGUCUCCGCAUGCACCACGAAGAAGCCAUCGGGGCUACGAGUAUGAACAUCCGAUGUCCAGAACGCACAAAUCACAUUCUGAUGGUGCCACCAGAAACCACCAUGGCCACCACAGUGAUGAUCACUCUCACUCCCGAUCAUCUGGCUUCAAGUUCAGGGACUUUAACUUCGAUGGACGUCGGCCACACCCUAAUGUCGCUCCGGAUCCACAAAUGUACUCGCAUGCGCCCCCACCACCUCCACCACGAGCAGUUCCUCGCCAUCGGUACAACAUAGAUCCGUACGCGGACGACCCACGACGAGCCAGCUAUGGCGGUGGGAGCCGGCCUGGCAGUGGAAGCAGUUCGGAGCGGCCGCGUGCAUACAGCAACGCGGCAUACACAACUCGUGGGCCUCGCUACCCCAGUCCCCAUCGCGGGAGUGGGAAGCGUUAUGCCCCAAUGAAACAUGCCGAGGAUCUGGGGUACACCCACUCACGGAGGGGGCCCCCAAUUUAUGAUUAA